AUGUCUGUGACCACCGAUCCUACUGAACAGUACAACCUCAUCACCAAGGGCUUGCAAGAGACCUUGAACGGUGCUAUCAUCAAGGAUGUCUUGGAAAACCAAAAGAGACCACUCAAGGUCUACUGGGGCACUGCUCCCACCGGAAAGCCCCACUGUGGAUACUUUGUGCCCAUGAUCAAGUUGGCCCACUUCUUGAAGGCUGGAUGUGAAGUCACCGUGCUCUUGGCAGACUUGCAUGCCUUCUUGGACAACAUGAAGGCCACCUUGGAAGUGGUUCAGUACAGAGCCAAGUACUACGAAUUGAUUGUCAAGUCCAUUUUGAAAUCCAUCAAUGUUCCCAUCGAAAAAUUGAAGUUCGUGGUGGGUUCUUCCUACCAGUUGAGUGCCGAGUACACCAUGGAUAUCUUCAAGUUGUCCAACAUCGUCUCCCAAAACGGAGCCAAGAGAGCUGGUGCCGAUGUCGUCAAGCAAGUUGAUAACCCAUUGUUGUCCGGUUUGAUCUACCCUCUCAUGCAGGCCCUUGACGAAGAGCAUUUGGGUGUGGAUGCCCAGUUCGGUGGUGUCGACCAAAGAAAGAUCUUUGUUUUGGCUGAAGAAAACUUGCCAUCCAUUGGCUACAAGAAGAGAGCCCAUUUGAUGAACCCUAUGGUUCCAGGAUUGGGUCAAGGUGGAAAGAUGAGUGCGUCUGAUCCAAACUCCAAGAUUGACAUCAUCGAAGAACCAAAGAUUGUCAGAAAGAAGGUCAACAGUGCUUACUGUGCCCCAGGUGAAGUGAAGGACAACGGAUUGUUGGCUUUCUUGGAACACGUCGUUGCUCCAAUCCAAGAGUUGAAGGCAGAAAAAGAAGGUGUUUUCAAGUUGGACAUCGACAGACCAGAGAAGUACGGUGGCCCCAUUUCUUACACUUCUCUUGACGAACUUAAGGCUGAUUUCGAGUCUGGUAAAUUGUCUCCAGUUGAUUUGAAAUCAGGUGUUGCUGACAGAAUCGUCGAAUUAUUGGCCCCAAUCAAGGCUGAAUUCGAAGCCAACCCAGAGUUCCAAGCUGCUCAAGCCAACGGUUACCCUGUUGAACAACCUAAGCAAAAGGUGAAAAAGGAAAAGAAGAACAAGGGUUCAAAAUACCCAGGUGCAGGUAAGUCUUCUAGUCCAGCUCCAUUAAGUGCAGACGCCACUGUUGAACAAACUGCUGAUGCCUUGAAAGAAGCUGCCAUUAACUAG